AUGCCCCGUCACACCUUUUCAGGCCAAUCCGAUGAUGAUAUGGCACCAACGACUAAGCCAAAUCAAAUGGGCACCUCACGUGAACAGCAUGCUGAGUUUUCAACGGCCAUCUUUGUCUUUCACGCUUUAUGUAGAUCCGCUGGAGAAAAGAUGCUCCCAUCAAGCCCUCCUGCUAUCUCAGACACCGGAUCGUUAAGAAGGCGAAGUCUUUUUCUCGAAGAAUUGCGGACCUAUCAGGUCUCACUAGUGUCAGUAGCCAAAGAUCCAAAGCUUGGAAAUCCACUCUUUACCAGUUCCCUGAGGAAUUAUAUUAGCGCAACUGGUAUUGCUAUUCAAAAUACAGUUGUGGGAAGCCCUGUUGGUUUUAUUUCAGGGCUUAGAACAUACCUUGGAGGGGCCUCCACUAUCUUGGAAACAGGAAACCCCGUUGGUUUUGUUACAGGGCUCAGAACAUACCUCGGAGGAGCCGCUACUAUCUUGGGAACAGGUUUGACUUCUCAUAAUCAGCCCUCGCUCUCCGAUAGCUGGCUUAGAACAUACCUUGCAACAGGAGGAGCCGCCACUAUCUUGGGAACAGAAACCCCUGUUGGUUUUACUUCAGGGCUCAGAACAUACCUUGGAGCAGAUCCCACAACUGCUUUUGGAACAGGCAACACUGUUACUUUUAUUUCGGGGCUCAGGACUUAUCUUCUUGGAGGAGUUUCCCCAAUAGAUUCUGUCGAAAUAGUGAAAACAGGAUCGCCCAUCAAGUUCAUCUCAGAGCUCAGAUCUUUUUUUCUUGGAGGUCAAACAAUUUUGGAAACAUCCAGUAUCAUCAAACCAGAUACGGAUCCCCAGGCAGACCCUACUCGUCAAAAACCAUCAAAGACCGAUGCGAAAUCUCUGCCAACUUCCGACUCGGGUUCUUCAGAUGAUGAUGGGGGAUCAUCCAAAUCUUCCGGUCAAUCAUCUUCAACCGAUUCUGAUACCGGGGAUGGCUUUUCCAAUACCUCAAGCCAAGGUCCUAAAAAAAGUGGCGGAAAGACUGGAAAACCUUCUAACCAAGAUACUACUGUACCAAGUGGCACCGUAGACAAUCCCGACACAAAUCCGGGAGAUCCUUCUUCUGUCCCCCAGCUUAUCAAUCCUGUAUCAACGGGUGAAGUGAGCCAGCGCGGUUCAAAGGGUGUGGUGAACCAGCCGGUAUCAACCCCAACGCCUGAUGUAUCAAGUGGCACCACCGGUGAUCCCGAUGCAGAUGUGGGAGGCACUUCUGUUGUCACGCAGUCCACAACAGCAACUAGUGUAUCGACAGAUACAGUGAGCCAGCCCGGAUCAACGGGUGGAGUAAGCCAGGCGUCAUCAUCGCAAAACUCUAAUGUAUCAAGUGGCAGCACAGAUACUCUUGAUACUACUAGUACUGUGACGAAUCCUUCUGUUGUCACACAGCCUACAAUCCCUGUAUCAACAAGUGGAGCGAGCCAGACCGUUGACACAACAUCAACAUCAUCACUAACCAACCAAAGCUCUCUCACAAUUGCUGACCUCCUGGCAAUUAUCCAAACUCUCCUCUCCAUAAUCAAUGGUAAAACGCCUACCAGCUUAUCCCCUCCUCACAUUAAUUUCCAAUUAGAUUCGCCUGAUGCUCUAGCCAAGGUGACAUCUCAGCUUAGUCAAAUUAGUUUUAACACUUCAACAAGUGAGACAGAAUGCUUAAAGGAUAUCCGUGAGAUAUCAGAACAUGAGAAGUGCCUAGCGCCAUUUUCUAACGUCAUCUCAUUCUUUGUAGACAACAAUCCAAGUGACGCUUCUUCAUCCCUUGGCGUGGGUGUACAAGAAUUGAAACAAAGUGUUGUUAUCGAAGCAGCCCCAAGUGAUCCUGGCAGUAGUUCCACGGAACAUUCAUCAAAACUUGACCGCCUCUGUCCAGAUUACCGACUAAAUAUUCAUGAACCGUGUCAUUCUCCAGCCGAGUCAAAUGAUUCAAGUGAUUCAAGCUCUCUGGGUUCAUCAGAUUCAUCGCCUGGAAAACUAGAUGCAUCAAGCGAUUCGAGUUCUGUCGAUCCUUCAGGUAUUUGCCAGAAACUGCCAGUUCUUAGAGCCAGGAAUAUAGCGUCUGGCGAACUAAAUGGGUCACCACAUUCAAGUUUGGUGGACUUAUCAGACACCGCAGUCGAGGAUACCGCACAACACAAUGUAGAAUCUCCUCCUAUGCCGGCUUCAACUGUGAAUAUAUCGCCUACGGGAGUGCCAUUUAAUGAGCCACCUUGUUCUGCAAUCACUGGCAUCCUCGAAAGAAGUGACUUGCUAAAUACGUUGGUGCCCACCAUGAGCAGAAACUCAGAGAGUGGAACACUUUAUGGCAAGUCUAGCCAAUCAUACAACUCAAGAUGA